GUCACCCAGACCCGGAAACUGCGUGGUAAUGAAUCGAUGUAGUGUUACUCGUCUCUGACAGCCAGCACUACAGUACACAGCUGACGUGUAUCUUACCACGUUAAUUAUUCUGGAUACAUUUCCCCACCCCAACGGAUCUUUUUCACCGUAAACGCGUUAACGAGUCAAUUAAAGGGGAUCACGCUUCCCUCACGGUCCUGUGACGGCCAGCAUGCCUGUAAGACUACGUAUCUUCUCUCUCAACUGUUGGGGAAUUCGCUACAUUAGUAAGCACCGUGCUCAGCGAUAUGCCAUGAUUGCAGAUCUGCUAGUCAAGGAGCAGCAUGAUGUAGUAUUGCUGCAGGAGGUUUGGAGUGAAAAAGACUUCCACUUCUUGAAAACGAAACUUGGCAGCACACAUCCUCACUCCCAUUAUUUUAAAAGUGGAUUUUUUGGGAGUGGAUUGGCGGCCUUUUCCAGGCAUAGAAUCCAUGAUGUCUUUCUCUACAAAUACUCCUUAAAUGGUUAUCCCUACAUGGCCCAUCAUGGAGACUGGUUCGGAGGCAAAGCUGUUGGGAAAUUACUGCUGAAUAUCAGUGGGUUGAUGGUGCAUGUCUACGUCACUCAUCUACAUGCUGAGUAUUCCAGAGAGCAAGAUUCCUAUCUCCCUCACAGAGUGGUGCAGGCCUGGGAACUCCAAAACUUUAUUCGGCACACAUGUGCUGGGGCAGAUGUAGUGAUAUUAGGGGGGGAUUUAAACAUGCAUCCUGAAGACCUCGGUGUAAGAUUGCUGUGCAGCUACAGUGGACUCCGGGACUGCUUCAUUGAGGCAGCCAGUUUUGAUGGAUGUGCACAGGGAUUCACCCAUAUAACAGACAACCCCUUCACAAACACUCAUGAACUUCUUCCGUUUGGAGAAGGAAUCCGUAUCGACUACAUCUUAUUCAAGGGAUCAGGGAGAGUGGAUGUGAGCUGUGAAUCUCUGUCCACUACUAAGGGCUCUGUUCCUGGCUAUGAAUUCCCUUACUCAGACCAUGAAGCUCUCAGCACUGAACUGCUGCUUUGCCCUUUGAAAGACGAGAAGGGAGAAAAAGAUUGCACUGCAGUUAGUCUUUCUGGGCUGAUAAACACUGUGACUGAGGCUCGUACAGAGGUGAAGGUGGGACUGCAUUGUGCUGAGCGCAUGCGCUACACGGCUGCACGCACAGGGUUUAUGGGCCUGGCCUUGCUGCUGCUGGAGAUAGCCAUAGCUGCUGUACCUAUAUUCUCCCUGGGAGUUGAACAGCCUUUCCCCAAAGCUUCCUUCUACCUACUAGGGGCGCUGUGCUUCGCCAUCCUUCUCUCUGCCGCCUUCCUGUACAUCUUUUACAGCAUGGAGGUGAAGUCCCUACAAGGAGCAGAGGACCACAUGAGGCUUGCAGUAGGCAGCCUGCAAGAACGUCUGAAGGGGUUACCUAAGGUUAUAGACGAGAACCAUUCUCAAAGCGAGCCUGACACUUUGGAACCGGAAGACUGAACAACCAGGAUUCAAGGCAGUGAACACUGCUGAACCACUUAAUUAAAUUAGUGGGAUGUUUCCUUGCUUCUUACAAGUUGACAUGUCUGCUUAUUUCAUAGUCUUUAAACAAGGCUUUGCUGAACCACUCUCCAGACCGGUCUGGUUGAAUCUGCCUCGUUUUAGAUGGAUCAAAUCUGCCUCAUGGACCUGAUUCUCUUUAUGGGCCCGUUCAAACCUGGUAUAAACAUGCAUCCUGGAUGGACAGCGCUAAGUACAGCUGUGAACUCAACCACAUUUGGAGGUGAUCUGGGACGCAUAUCCCUUUUUUAGUGUGAAUGCAAAUGCGUCUCGAUGCUUCCCAAGAGCACACCAAUCAUGUUUUAUCCCUUACUAACUCUACACUUCCAUGCCUCAUUAGAAAAAUGGACCAGUUACUCCUCUUAUUUAAUGCUAUUUCAACUUAUUUUUUGUAGUCAUUAAGGCGUAUAUGCGUUUAACGUUGGCAUUAUGCAUGUUUACAGAUCUUACAAAAGACUUGUAUUUAUCAGCCACAGUAGAAAUCGCUUUUUUUUUUUAUUUUUAUUUUUUUUUUUUAAACCAGACUGAUCUCAAUCCUGCAGGGCAGGUUACUUUAAUAACCACUCAUUUCUCUUACAUUAGUUUAAUUUCCUCCUUAAAUCAGAUGUUUCCUGCAAAUGUAUUUGAAUGUAGACAAAUAGUAUUAGAUAAAAAUCACACAUUUCUAUUUUAUGUCUGUUAAUAGCAUCUACACUCAACUCUGUACUGUAAUCAUUCACUCCUAUUUAAUCACACACAUUAAUAUUUACUGUAUACAUGUGUUAUGAAUGUUGAAUGCAGAAACAGGUUUUGUUUGUUUUUUUGACCAAGGACUUAAGUAAAGCUAACACAAUGCCAGUUUCAUGUAUCUAUGCAUUUAUACCUCAUACAGUACAUCUCAGUACAUCUCAGUAAAAAUAAACUGCUGUCUACUCUCUGUAAACCCUGUAUGCAUUAAAUUUUACUCACUUGUCCGUG